AUGGCGAAACAACCCGACCACAGCCAGCACUCCAGCGAAGAGGCCAUUGCAGACCUCUGCAAAGUGCUGGUCCUCCAAGAGUUUGAGGAAUCGACAGCAAAAUACGCACUACCACAACUCACCCACGAAAUCCGCGCAGCUGCAUUUGCAAGUCUUAUGAGGUUGGGAAUGGAGACGUACCAUCACAACAUGGCCAAGGCCAGACACUUCGUCGAGCACAGAAAGCAAGAGCUCGAGAGUGAACUGCGACGUGAGAAAUUCUUGGAGGAGUUGAAGAAUGCGGUCAAACACCUUGAUGCCGCGCUAUCGUCGUAUGAUGGAGAGAAGCCGGAUUUCUCGCCGGCUCCUAAGAUCAAUAGUACCGACAAGAGGAAGAAGAAGUCAGAUACGGUGGAAACUGAGCUGUCUAAGUUGGAAGGCUUGACUGAGAAACUCAAAGCAAAUCUUUCUCCACACCGCAACAAGCGACCGAAACUGGGUUGA